AUGCCUUACGAUAGCUAUAAUAACUGGUACUCUUACAAGAACUGUGAACCAACAUCCAAAUCUACUCUUACUGAUUGUCAGGGUAACCACUACUGCUCCCGUGACUAUGGCUCGGACGUAUCCAACUCCAACUGCUACCAUUAUUCCAACCAGGAUGGUUCCUACUACUAUUCAAACCCAGACGGCAGCAGGCACUACAACAGCGGCAAUGGUGAUGCCGUGUACACCCUUCCACCUGCCCCGGCUGAGCGCUACCAGGAGUCUGAUAACUAUGGUAAAUGA